AUGGCGGCUGAAAAUUGGCCGAUGUCGAAGAACAAGGGAACGUAAAAUCCGACAAAACGCCCGGAUUUAUUGGUGGGAACGACACUAGACGUAGGCCAAGGAUUCUGUGGCAGGUACGGGACGGGAAGCCAUGUACGAGACGCUAAACUUAGUGAAGCAAACGGCACGGAAGCAGACCACGAAGUCGUCCCAAGACUUGUAACCACCGGCGAUGGCAAAGCACUGGAGGCCGACGACACUGAAGGCAGCACAACAGGGAGAAGCGACGAAGUUGGCGAAGUUAAACCCGACAAUGACGAAACCAAACCCGUCGAUGCAAUUGAUGUAGAAGCCGACGAAAUAAUAUCACUAUGGACUGGCGAAAGCGAUAAAUCCGUUCCAGAACAACUGGACAGACUAUUAUUAGUGAGCCGAGGCAUCCAAGAUAGAAGCCAAAACCCAAACGAAGCACAAGAAUCCCAGAAAAACAAAAAUAGAAAACCAAAAUCGAGUUCACAAUGUGAGAAGCAGUAUACAAGUGAGCACAGCCCGUGAACACAGCAAAUGGCAAACUCCCGCCCGCUGACAACAGACUGCUUCUGAUUGGUCAAUGAAAUUGAACCCUGCAUAAAUGCAUAAUUUACAUAUUAUAACGACCCACAUCACACCUCGUGCUAGAAGUUAACUAUUUUUAUUGCAUAAACACAAAUAAUACGACCAAAGUUUGUAACAUUGAUCUCUCUGUAGACUUGUUCAAGGUUUAGUGAUCAUUGUAUUUAUAUGAAACGAUAAAGUUUGCUUAUCAAUAUCAAUUUCAUUUCGUUUCAACAAAUCAAAAAUUAUAUCUAUGUUAUCCAUUGACUGUACUUGGAUCAAAUGUUUGGAAAAUUUUGUAUCUACGUUAUGCCAACAUUAAUCCCUCUAUUGUAUCACACACGUGGAGGGACGCUAAAAAAUGCCUAGUCAGCAAGUUUUGCCCGAUCUUGUCCAAGCUUGCGCGCGUGAUGUCUGCAUAUAUUAAGUGAACAAACCCCACAUGAGAUCCUCCACUUCACGCCACCUCAUUCUAUGCUAAUGCCCACCUCAUUCUAUGCUAAUGAUAAUGAUAAUGCGCCACCUCAUUCUAUGCUAAUGAUGAUGCGCCACCACCACACUCCACCACCACACGCCACCACAAAAAUAAGGGUCGAAAACCACCUACAUUACUACUCAUGCUGUCAAAACUGGCCGUCGUGGGUGUGGCAACCUAUUUUCGCGAACGUGGUAAAAAACCAUGGCGAUUGAAAUCAUUUGUCAACUGCUCAUACUUCAAAGUCUUUUCGAGAGAAUCGAAACGUGUAUGCAAUAGAUGAAGUAGACAGCAGCUCACAACUCUUGAGGUAUUCAAGAACUAUCACAAAGCUUGCGACUUGCAGCAUGUUUAACGACAGCAUUUUCUUAGGCCGUCCGUGCAUGACCGUCUAUUAAGAAGUGGCCGUUUAAAUUCAAAAGUGUUGUCUGAAUUCAAGACUGGAUGGAUGUCCGUCGUAGGACGGUUGGACGGCUGCCUGGCUAAAUGCCUGGCCACACCCUAGAUAUUUGUUUUAAAUUUUACGAAAUAUACUGUAAUAUUGGAAAAGAAUCUGAUUCCAUUCUGUUGGGUAUUACGGAACAUGCUUUUCUUUGCUACUCGAUCUCUUCAUAUAAUGCCUAAUAUUUAUAACAUCUUUAUAGAUCUUGUACAAAAACUUGAAGAGGAAUGUAAGAUAAAUAGCUACUUGUGCCAAGAGAAAAUUCCAAAGGUAUUCUGUAAAUUACCUUUAUUUUGUUCUCGUAACCAAUAGCAACAACAUAUAUUUAUUAUUAUACAGGGUGUCCCCAAAAAAGUGACACUAUAUAGAAAUUAUCCUAUUGUUGUUAAGCAUAGGAUUUCAUGCGCCUGGUAAUUAAAAAUUCAAUUGUGUUUACGCACUCUUGUGUUCAGCAUAUAGAUAGAUAGAUAGAUAGAUUUAAUAAAAUACUUCGCAGCCAUAGGCUGAAUUGCGUAUUUUUUUACAAGUAAAUUUAACUAAUUACGAGAAUAUAAAAGAAGAGUUUAUCAAGCCAUUAUGAUGACAUUCCAUAUAAAUAUUAUAUAUACAAGAUGUUUAUUACUUUAAUAUACUAAAAAAUUUAAAAUUACUAAAAAUAUUAGGUCAUUUCAAUAGCAUUAGAUAAAUGAUUUGCGGCACGAAGCCACAAAAAAACUAGUUUGAAAACGAUUAGUGUUACAUCUAGGAAUUUCAAAUUUCCUAUCGUUUCUUAAAUCAUAAAAAGAAGUAUGUCUAGUACAAAUAUUUUCAUGAUGAACAGACAGUGACUCCAAUCCACAACUAAUUAAAGCGUCUUCGUAAUUAGUGUUUGGACAGAUGAUUCUAAUAGCUCUUUUUUGUAAUCUUUCCAAUUCGGAACGCAAGUAUUUUGGCAACGAAUAGUAAAUGACAGGGAUACCAUAGUCGAUAACAGAUCGAAUACAUGUAACAUAAAAUAGAACCAGAUCAUUCCGAGGAAUACUGGCCCGUUUGAGUUGGAUCAGGUAAUAGAUUCGUUUGGAUACUUUUUUAACUACCUCUUCGAUAUGUAGAUUCCACGUCAGGUUAUUAUCGAAUGACAAGCCCAGAAGUUUAACGGAUUUUACGCUCAGGUUAUAACAUUCAGAUUAUAACAAUAUAGGAUAACCAUGAAAUCUGCUGUGUUGGUAUAAUGUAUUCAGGUGAAUAAGAUGUUUGUGUGAUGUUACUCUGAGUGUAUAUCCACACCGGGCAGGCUUGAAAAUUUAUGCCUGGCCACGGCGGGAUUCGAACCUACGACCUCUGGAAUACUAGCCCAAUACUCUUCGGUCGUAGGUUCGAAUCCCGCCGUGGCCAGGCAUAUUUUUCAAGCCUGCCCGGUGUGGAUAUACACUCAGAGUAAACAUCACACAAACAUAAUAUAGGAUAAUUUCUUUUGUGUCACUUUUGGGGGGACACCCUGUACAUUGUAGUCGCUGCAUGCGUUUUGAUUGAUUAAAAAGCUUACAGCUAAAUAUAGCAAUCGCGCAACCUACAAAUAACACAGUUAAGCCUGAUUCUCAUUUAUCGUAAACAUCGGCGAUGCCCAUUGUCGGUGGUCAUUGACGCAUACAAUCUUUUGUGCAUUUUCUUCUUCGUUGCUCACAGACAAUGGAUCGUAGAACAUCCCGAUUAAUGAGAACCAGGCUUUAUGUGCUAGCAGAUAACUGAGUUAUACGUAUGUUGAGCCCGAGGUUUGUAAUUUUAUAGCAAGCAGGAGCUUUAAACACAUGAAUAAAAACAAGAAAACAACAACAUGAACGAACCUCGAGAAAACUCCGUUAAUUGUGACCUCUCGGCUCCCUCUAAGGCAACAACGACGUUAUCAAAACCCGCAAAACACACAGUUUCCCUCGGCCUCAGAUAGAAAGUGUUCUCAUAUAUACAUGCAACAUGCAUGCAAUGUGAUGGUGUGGCUAUUAUAUGAAUCCCAGAUUUUCAUUGCAACUUAGUGUUAAAAUCUGCUUCUCGUUCGAGUAUACAUAUUUUACAGUACAUGUAAAUAUAUAAAGUCUAAUUAUUUGUUCAGGAUAUUGAAGCGAAGCAAAAAGCAGUUAGUGAUAUGCAGAGAGUUAUUGAUGAACCAGCUAUGGGACAGUCUGACUUGGAUCAAUUGAAUCACCAGGUUUGAUUUUGUUUGAUAAGAUAUAAUACAUCCAUUAGGCGUAGUAAGUUUUACUAAUAUUACCAUUUACCAACAAUUCUUUCAAACCCUCGUUUAUAGGCCGCUACUUGAUAUUUGAAGCUGAUAGGUCGUGUGUCUGAUGUGUCAUCUAUAAUAACUUCUCCCUUUUAAAUUGCUUUUUAUAUACUUGGGACAUGCAGUUCCGAAUAUAUUGUAUGCUUGUACAAUUUAUUUCAAACUUCUUUCUUAUACUAUUGUGGGAGCACAUAUGGUCUGCCAGCUAUAUAUAUUAAACACGUUAAAGAGGCUGUUCAUCGUAUCACGAAAAUUUCUCCUUGACCAUAAAAGAUUGUUUGAACUUUAUACUGUUACUGGAUUCAAACUAAGCCAAUUCAAAUUUGAAAUGUCAUUUUGGAUAUUUAUCAAAGCCGUCAUGCAUGAGGAUUUUUUCUAGGCCGUUUAAAGGGCACAGUUCAGCCUUUUGAACGGCGGAUGGUUUCUAAGGCGCAUUACAACCCUUUUAAUUGAAAAAAACUGACUAGGAAAAUCAAUUAAACAUAAUAUUAAUUCAAGAUCAGUGAUUUCAAUGUUUUUAACAUUUUUAAACAUUUUUAAUGUUGAAAUUACUGAUCUUGAAUUAUGCUUUAUUGAUUUUCCUAGUUAGUUUUUUCAAUUAAAAGGGUUGUAAUGCUCCUUAAAAACCAUCAUUCAAAAGGCAGGGUGUUUUUAGAGUGUGGCAACCUUUUGGGUAAAAUGUCACGACGACAUAAAAAUCGCUCAGGUGCCGGUGACACUGCAAUAGAUGGAAUAUUCCCUUAUUACGUUUUCGUAGCGCUUUGCAUUGUGGUUAUAGUGGUAUCACUGAUAACGAUAGCGGUCUCGAUUGAAAAUAUUGAAUGUUUUCGCGAAUGUUUUGCUGUUGGCUAUCGUGCGCCUGACCCUAGCUUUUUAAAAGUUCUUGCACGGGUCAGGACAAAAAAUAAGCCAUCUUGAAUAUCAGUGAUACCACUAUAACCACAAUGCAAAGCGCUACGAAAACGUAAUAAGGGGAAUCAUCUAUUGUGCCUUCGUUAAAUCUCUGAUAUCAACGUAAAUGGUCGUACUCUUUAUAUCUGGUGAUUGCAGUGUGUUUAGCAUCAGCUUUAUACUUGCACUUUUUAGAUACGACAACUGUCGGAUGAAAUCAACAAGCUUAUUGAGAAACGAAUGGUUCGUAAUGACCCAAUUGACGACAAAUUGUCGUUGUUUCGUCAACAGGUAAUUUGAAUAAUUCUAUGCCAGUGUUUAAAUCUAGAGCUAAUAGAUAUUUAACCAUAAAUUAUGCGUCUGUACUCUGAUUAACAAUUCCCUAUAUAGCUAAUCUGACAUUUUAUAUAAUUAUUGAAUUGCAUUGAAAGCUUUAUUUCUAUAGGGUAGUCCAAUCAGAAAAAACUACUGUGGUUAUAUAUCAACUGAAGCCUUGCAAACCUAUAUACUAAUUUACAAUAUACUAAUUUACAAAUCAAUACUAAUUUACAAUAUUAAACUGAAACAAUUGUAGCUACUAAAACAAUAUUGCAAUUUGGUUCUAUAUAGACAUGUACUAAACAAUUAAAUAAAUUUAUAAUAAACCACACAGCCAUUAGAAUGACUUCUGAGCUUGUUCUGUUCUAACCCGAGAUAAAUAUAAAUUUUAGGGAAGCCUCGCAUAUCGAUUUUGUUCACCAGAAACGUCAUAUGUUCGUUGGGGUUGCAGCUGUGACGUUUCUCUGUAAAACAUGAAAAAAUUCGAUAGUUUUUUCGAAAUCUUUAUAGAAUCAUCUUUGCAGAAAAUUAAAAAAAACAAACUUGAUACAAACACCAUGUAGGCUAUACACUCGUAAUACCAUACCUGUUUUAUACAUUUAUAUUAUUACGCCUUCCUUGCAUUGGAAACACUCAAAUUUCAAGAAAAACGCGCUAAAAUUGUCAAUAUUUCAUGCAAAAAAAGUUGUUUUGAGAAACGUUGGAAAUUUUUAAGUUCAUAUAUUAAUAAAAUAAUAAUAAUAAUGGUUUAUUAUCAGUAUUUCCAUACAAUGGCUCUUCACCUGAUAAAACUACUACUACAAUUCUAAGGAAAUAGUGAGAAAUUUGUAAACCUAGGCUCUAUGAUCUGCAUGUGCAUGAUUUGAUAUCAGCUGGUAGAGAAUUAAAUAAUGAAGCUGAACAAUCUCGAAAGGUAUUAGGAACUAGAGGUAAAACUUAUGUGUGGCUUUAAGAAUAUGCCAGCCCCUUCGCUCUCGCAUGGGUUUCGUCUCGCAUAGUGUUUUCUCAUAUGUUUUUUAUGAGAAAUGUUUUCAUAUGUUUUUUAUGAGAGAUGUUUUCAUAUGUUUUUUAUGAGAAAUGUUUUCAUAUGUUUUUUAUGAGAAAUGUUUUCAUAUGUUUUUUAUGAGAAAUGUUUUCAUGUUUUUUAUGAGAAAUGUUUUCAUAUGUUUUUUAUGAGAAAUGUUUUCAUAUGUUUUUUAUGAGUACCCAUAAAAAACAUAUGUCAGCAGACCGUAGAAAAUAUAGUAGAAAAUUACCUUAUGUGUACUAUAACAGUUUUAGAACAAAAUAUCGAUAACUAUGUGUGACGGUUCUAAGGGGGGGGGGGUCUCCAGAGAGCGUCCAUAUGACGUUUCUCAUGGACAAAAUCGAUAUGUAAGGCUUCCCUUAUUGUCACUCAACUAUGUACAUUUGUUCACUACUUUUAAAACUUCAUUAUCUCGACUACUUUGCAAAGACGGCCACUUUAGUAUUACCAUAGCUCUUUCACUUUAGGCAUUUUCGUCACCAUUCUAUAUAUUACAUUAAAACACUCAUUAAUAAUUCAUAAACCUUGUGGCAAAUCAUGUCAGCCAUAAUAUGUCACGUGGAGUGACUUUAUAUCUGAUAAAGCAUGUGGCAUUAUAUAAUUGUUCAUCCUAAUUAGUAUGAUUAUAUAAUGGUUCAUCCUAAUUAGUAUUCUUUUGUGGUCGUAUUUUAAGCUAUUCAAAACACUCGUUGUCGUGUUUUAUCAGACAUAAAACUGAUAUCUGAUAAAACACUCCUACUCAUGUUUUAAAUAGUACCUAAUUACAGUAUUUAUUAGUAUAGGUAUUAGGAUGGUUUCGAGUGCAAUUUGGACAAAACAUGCACGAGUGAGUUUUUCAUAGACCUCAAAAUAUGUCUUUUAAGAUGUUUUAUCCAAAUUGCACGAGAAACCAUCCUAUUACGUGUUAAUAAUAUAUAUAAAAUGUUCGAGACAACUUGUAGUUUUAGCUUAUGUUUAUAUAACGAAUUGUCCACUGGCAAAGUUUUUCUGCUUAGUUGUUAUAUCAAAUUAGACAAGACUAACGGUUUGAAAAUUUCACUCAACUAUGUAAGUUUUGUUAGUCUUGUUUAAGGUCUAUUUUAAAAAAACGAUAAAAGCCAUAUUUUCCACCCGAACUCAACUUUUACCUCAUGUACCGCGGCCGCCAUGUUUGUUUUGUUUUUGAAGCAAUCUGUGGCCGUUAGCUUGAGGACUGCUUUAAGCUGAUUGGUUGAUUUUAGAUCAGUGAAAUCAACCAAUCACAGUCGAGUAACAUUUUUACGUAUAUUAUUAGAAUAAUACACAUGUGAUUGUUGAAAAUUGGUCAAGCUGCCUCGGAUUAUUUCAUGAUAAUCACAUAAUGCUUAAUGACCGCCCGGUUUGUCAGUGUCACUGACGAAGAAAUAACAAGUUAAAAGAAAUGCAAUUCCAGAAACUGAUGCAACAUAUUUUGUUUGUGAUGUUACUCUGAGUGUGCAUCCACACGGGGCAAGCUGAACGUUAAUUGCUUGGCCACGGUGCACUACAUAUAGUAUUUUUUUGCACUACAUAUAGUAUUUUCAGACAAAAGAAAUUAACUUCACCUUAAUUCUACAACGGAGAUACUACUUGAAAUAGUUUUACAACAAAAUAUGUUGCUAUUUGUGUGUGUUGGUGUUAUGUACUCAGGUGAAUAUGAUGUUUGUGAUGUUACUCUGAGUGUGCAUCCACACCGGGCAAGCUGAAAAGUUAAUUGCUUGGCCACGGUGGGAAUCGAACCCGCGACCUUUGGGAUACUAGUCCAAUGCUCUGCCAACUGAGCUACGUGGUCAAGUCGGUUCGAGUUGAUGAUAUUUCGGUUCCCACCGUGGCCAAGCAAUUAACUUUUCAGCUUGCCCGGUGUGGAUGCACACUCAGAGUAACAUCACAAACAUCAUAUUCACCUGAGUACAUAACACCAACACACACAAAUAGCAACAUAUUUUGUUGUAAAACUAUUUCAAGUAGUAUCUCCGUUGUAGAAUUAAGGUGAAGUUAAUUUCUUUUGUCUGAAAAUACUAUAUGUAGUGCAAAAAAUUCAAAUUGGAAGUUCAAUUAUUUGAACUUCAUCAUAGGAAGUUGAAUUAUUUGAACUGCCUAUGAUUUUUUACUUUCCCCAAACAAUCACUUGUGUAUUCAACAAUUCGCCUAAGGCUCGGUGAAUAACGGUGAAUAAUAACCUCGACUUCGUCUUGGUAAUUAUUUACCGAUAUUCAUCUUUCCUUCGGCGAAUAACUGUUAAUUAUUAUUUUAUUGGUCAUUCCUAUUGUCUUUUGUUUUACCCAGGCUUCGAUAAUAGUUGGUAAGAAAGAAACAGCUGCAGAAGAACUGAGAGAGGUCAUGGAUGAGGUACUGUACGCUGUCUCUUUCGUGUUUUCAUAGUUUUUGUUUUUUUACUUUUAGCAAGUAAAGAUACUUUUGUACUUUAAUCCCUCGCCCGCAGGCUGCGAAGCUACUUGCAAGGGCGAGGGUGGUCAUUUCUGCAUGGUAGGGGCAUUAAUACCAUCCAUGCGAUUACAUCAUUGCAUUGAGCGACCUCGGGUACCAAGGGUUUACUCCACCGUCAACAAAACAAAAUGUCGUAUUUAAAGUAUGAAAGUAUUUAGUAAUUGGACAAAAAAAAUCAAUUUAAAAAAAGUUAUGAUUGCUGCCCUCCCCGAAGUGCUGGAAAACAUAAAGCGUGUUUUUACAGGUAAACUACGUGAAGCGUUCUUCAAUGAGUUUAUCACUCAUUUGGAAUUUCCCUAAUUACCUUUGCAUAUUUGAAAAACCUCUUUCUAAUUCCUUUGAUAGAAUUUGCAUUGUUCCUAAACUAAUUAAAUGUACCUCACUUCCUGUUCAAAGUUCCUAACUACUUGUUCUGUUCUCCGCAUUGUGAUUGGUCUACAAAAACAAUCUACCAAUCACAAUGCGGAGAACAGAACAGGAAGUUAUGACUUUUGAACUGGAAGUUAGGAACAUUUAAUUAGCUUAGGAACAUUGCAAAUUCCCUCCAGGGAUUUACUAAGAGGUUUUUCAAAUAUGGAAAGGGAAAUUCCAAAUGAGUUAUGAACUCAAAAGAGGGACGCUUUACGUAGUUUACCUGUAAAGGCUGAUUUCCACUGUUGCGUUUUUCGUACGCACGUACACGCACGUAAAACUUUGAAUCCUUCUAUUUUUUAAAUAUUUUACAAAUAAGUUAACAAAUGCAUACUAAAACUUGCGGAAAAUUAAAUUAUGUUGCUUUAUUUAUUUGGUUAUUUCACAAGUAACAUUUAAACGGAUUUAAAGUUUUACGUGCGUAUACGUACGUAUGAAAAACGCAACAGUGGAAAUCAGCCUUAAGACACUAUAUAAUCACUAUGCUGAUGGCAAUGCACAAACGUAUAGUCAGGACUUCGAUUUGUUAUUUCAUAAUUUGAUUGAUUCGAUUGGAUUAAAAUAUAAUAUAUGAAAUCAAUUGCUCACAAAUUUCAAUACGUAUAUGCUGUCAUGUAAUCACAUAAUAUCACGAAUUUUCCUAUACCUAUACCUAGUUAAGUACCAAGGAAGGCGAGCUACAGAGCAAACGCGAAGCACUACAGCAAAGUGAAGGGUCAGAAGUCAUUAAAGGAGACGAGGUACAGUUAAUGUUAUCUAUCAGCCUCCUAAGGGUUGUUGAGGCUAUAGCGUGGUUAAAUAAAGUUUGUAUGUAUGUAUGUAUGUAUGUAUGUAUGUAUGUAUGUAUGUAUGUAUGUAUGUAUGUAUGUAUGUAUGUAUGUAUUCACGUCUUAAUUACUCAUUGUUAAACUAUGCUUUAUUACAAGUUCUUUAGGUACUAUUUAAGACACAAGCAGAAGUGCUUUAUCAGAUACAGUAUAUAAGACACGAGUGCGCAGCAGGAAUGUUUUAUAUCUGAUAAAGCACGAACUGCGAUGAACCAUUUUACGAGAGAAUCAUAUGAGAGAACCAUCUUACGAGUUCACUGGCGAAGUAAAUUAAAAAAUAAACAUUGUCUAAGUCGAGAAAAUCAAAGCUAAAGUUUAUGUAAAUGAACAUGAUUUUUAUCACAUAUUAAACCACCGACACGGCAGUGAUUUUCGUUGUCUUUUCCUCAUGAAUUAUUAAUUAAAAACCUCUCGAGUUUUUUAACAGAUAGAAAAUAUUGUAUUUCUACCAAUGUUGUAUAUGUUAAAAUCAUCGUUACUCUGCAUAGAAAUAUGAUUUGUCUUGGCACUAAUAUAGUGAUCUAGGGACUGCAAAUUAAAGGAGCUCUGCAAAUUAAUAAUAUCGAGGUGUUUUUCUUAAAAACAAAUUGAAUAAUUACUUUUCUUUUAUAUUUACAGUUCAAAAGAUAUGUUAACAAGUUGCGAAGUAAGAGUACUGUGUACAAGAAGAAGCGUCAGGAGGUGAGUUAAAAACGAGAUUACCUGCUACCCCAGCCCAUUAACUAUACUGUUCUAAGUGGCGUUGUAGAAAAUAGAAGCAGAAAAAAGAAGAAAGGAAAGGGUAAUGGCAGUGUAAAGUGAAGUGGAUGAAUUAAACGAAAAUAAAAAGGGGAGAAAAUAAAAUUGUGAUUUAUUGGAGUCGCUGUUUAUUACCACACUGGAGAGCUUUAGAUUUUACUAUACGACUAUAGAAGAUUCGUUGGUUGCACAUGUUCGCCAUCUUCUUACGCCAACGUACGCACGCCAUAUUCUCGUAGUAGACGCUUGUUUUACUAAGAGACUUUUCAAAAAUCCCGUUGUCAAUUUAGCCACGGCUACGAGAUGCAUGCAUAAGGCGUCAGUAUAUGAUUGGCAUAAAAAGAUAGCGUAAGAAUAUGGUUAUAUUCAAAUAAUCUCGUAGUCCACAAUUAGUAAAUAAUACUAAUUAAUUCCUUUUUUGCAAAAUGCCACGUUCUGGUUUUUGAACAUAAAAAUUCUAACAUUAAUACCGCAAAUAUAUAUAUAUCUUAUUGGCAGAUGCAAUAUUGGGUUAAAGUCAGUAUAGGAUUAGAAUGCAGUUAAAUGGUUUCUAAUUUCAUUUAUUUUAGUUAACUGAACUGCGGGCGGAGUAUGGUGUUCUCUCACGUUCAGAGGAAAUUUUAAAAGGCCGCGAAGGACAACUUAACGAGAAUUUGGUAAGUCCUCAUU